UUUUGGCUCCGAUUCGAAGCGCCUUCCCGCCCCCCUUCCCCGCCAAAUCCUUCCCUUACGACGCCACCCUCUGGCGCUUCAAAUGCCUUCUCCUCCCAGAAGCGCCAUUCCUACCUCACCACUCUCGCCAUGGACAUCUCCUCCAUCGCCGCUCGGCUUGGCCUCGCCGACUCCAAGUCCCUCAUAAGGAAGGCCGAGGAGCUCCGUCGCCUCUCCGACGUCCAGUUUGACUCCUCCAUCAUUGGCGUCGGCGAGGUCACCAAAGCCAUCAUUUGUCUGGAGAUCGCCGCUUCCAAGUUUCAGGUGCUAUUCGAUCGGCAGAGUGCAAUUCGAAUGAGUGGGAUGUCGGAGAAGGCUUACAUGAGGUCAUUCAAUGCAAUGCAGAAUGGUCUUGGGGUCAAGGCGCGUUUGGAUGUCCGUGAACUGGGGAUUCAGUUUGGCUGUGUUAGGCUCAUACCUUUUGUGCGAAAGGGAUUGUCUCUGUACAAGGAGCGUUUUCUUGCUGCACUACCGCCCUCUCGCCGGGCAAAUACUGAUUUUAAUCGGCCUGUAUUUACAGCCGUUGCAUUCUACUUAUGUGCUAAAAGGCAUAAGCUUAAAGUUGACAAGCUGAAGCUUAUUGAGCUAUGUGGAACUUCUGAGUCUGAAUUUUCCACUGUUUCAACUUCUAUGAACGACCUUUGCUUUGAUGUCUUUGGCAUUUCAAAGGAAAAGAAAAAUCCCAAGGCUAUAAAAGGUCAUCGAGAACUUUUGGAUGCCUUGCCUGGCAAAAGGAGACAUGAUGAUGAUGGUGAUGCAUCUGAUGAUUCUUCUGUAGAUGAUCGAUAUGAAUUGGAGCUUCCAAGCUACAAGAGGCACAAAAAAAUGGAGAAACAAGCCUAUGAGGAGUGGAAGUCCUCUGUCAUUUCUAACAACCAAAACCAAAAAUCUGCUCCCCUGAAACGGAAGAAGCAAGCACGACUCAGCUUCACAAAGAAAUCCCCCAGUUCAAUUGCAUUAGAAGCUUCAUGAUGUUGCAAGCUUCAUAUUUGAUUUCUGAAGAGUUCAUUGGCUUUUAAAAUCAGCUUAUUGUGACUCAUAGUAGGAUUAUAGUCGGCCCCAAAAUACUAAGUGGAUGGCAUUGGUUGUUAACAUUUUAUGGAUUUCACUGUUGGUAAACCGUGUUGAUUAAGUGAGCCUUCCAAGAUGUCUCCUUUUUGUGUAGGUGGCUGUGAAAUUGUUCAAAA